AUGUCCAUCGUAGUAGAAGACAAAGAAGACGAAUUAUGGACCAAUAGAGAAAACCACAUCCCUGAUCAACCACCACGUUAUCUCGGUUUUGUAGCCGGUAUGGCCUCCGGAGUGAUGAAGAACGUAGUUGGACAUCCCUUCGACACCGUCAAAGUCCGACUCCAAACCGCUCCCAAAACACAUUUCAAAGGACCUAUGGAUUGUGUAUUACAGACAUUGAAAAAAGAAGGUCCAUUGGGGUUUUAUAAAGGAUUUACUCCACCUUUAGUUGGUUGGGUAUUAAUGGAUUCAGUAAUGUUGGGAUCAUUACAUGUUUAUAGACGAUUAGUUAAGGAUAAUUUAUAUCCUGAUGAAAAGAAACUUCCAUUAUUUGGACAUAUAAUUGCUGGAUUGGGGUCGGGGUGGACUGUAUCAUUUGUAGCUGCGCCUAUUGAACAAUUCAAGGCAAGAUUACAGGUUCAAUAUGAUGCUAAGACGAGGAUUUAUACUGGUCCUAUAGAUGUUGCCCAUAAAUUAUUUAAAGUAUCCGGUAUAAGGGGGAUAUAUAGUGGGUUAUUGUCGACUAUGAUAUUUAGGACAAAUUUCAUCUUUUGGUGGGGGUCAUAUGAAUUGUUUACUCAAUGGUUUGAAAAUAAUACCCAAUUAUCUAAACCAGCAAUUAAUUUCUGGUCUGGUGGUUUAUCAGCAAGUGUGUUCUGGGUGUUUGCUUAUCCUGCCGAUGUGGUUAAACAAACGAUAAUGACUGAUUCUCCAAUUAGAUCGGAAAAGAAGUUUCCAAGAUGGAUAGAUGCGGUUAGGUAUAUAUAUAGAGAAAAGGGUUUAAGAGGGUUUACAAGAGGGUUUGGACCCUCAAUUUUAAGAUCAUUUCCAGCAAAUGCGGCAGCAUUGGCUGCUUUCGAAGCAGUUAUGAGAUUUUUACAUUAG